AUGGCAGACACGGAUCUCAUUGCUCGUGUGUACCCCUAUACAGAGACGCGCCGUGAAGACGUGCCGGCAGUCACCCUGAAGACAUUCAAGACCAGCUGGGGCUGUUUUGAUCCACUGGAUCAGCUUCCCGAGCGGCAGUCUCGUGAGCGAGAGUCAACAGAGCCACUCGAAAGCCAAAACGGCCCGGUGCUCGACACCCUCCCAUACGUUGAGCUGAAGCUCAGCGACACUCACCGGUCUCGCUCUGGGUUCCUUUUCGGCUGGGGCGAAAAUAACGACGUCAUUCUGCCCAAAAGCCGGGGCGUCGGGCGGCACCACUUUACCCUGACUUUCGACGGUGAGAAACGACCCAUCGUGAAAGAUUGGGGUUCUCUCAACGGUAUCCAAGUCACCUACGGCAGUCAAGGACACGGGGCGCGAUCCGGGUUCCAAUGGAUCGUCGGCGGGCACGAGAUUCCUUUCGUGAAGCGGCCCAUCGUUGUCGCCGCACUUGCCCGUCCCCUAGUCCAGCUGCAGAUCGUCGUCGUCCCCCACGACGUAGCCUCGCUGGCUUACAUCGACAAAGUCGACCGGUUCCUUCAGAGCACCGCAGCAGCCACUGAAGAUCUGCUCAGUGGCCUCAACAUUGCGAACCGCACAGAUACUAAGCGGCCUACAGGAGCCCCCAAGCUGGAGACGGGGCCAAUCCAUAUCCGUAAGCAGCUCGGGAAGGGGUCGUUCGCGAGUGUGACCCGCUAUUGGGACGUCAGCACCGGAGAGGAGUACGCCCUCAAGAAGCCUUCUGCAGAAGCCGUUCGCGCGCGCCGGGUCCGUAUUGACGCUUGGAGGAAUGAGGCGCACAUCAUGAACCUCAUUGAGCAUCCUCACGUCGUAAAGCUUCACAGGUCCGACUUUACGCAGGGCCCACGACUGUACCUGGAAUACGUUCCCGGCGGAUCUUUGGCCAAUAAAGACAUCUCAGCUGCCGAAUGUGUAUCAAUUCUUCAGCAGUGUCUAUCGGCUCUGGAGUACCUGCACGGGAGCGACCCGCCGAUUGUGCACCGGGAUAUCAAAGCAGACAACAUCCUGAUCCAAUACCGGGACACAAACAGCAUCUACGUCAAGUUUGCCGAUUUCGGGCUGGCGAAGGACUAUGACAACAUGUCCACCAUCUGCGGCAACUUGGGGAACCUUGCACCUGAGGUGUACGAGAACCACCAAUAUAUCGAGGCUGGUGGCAAGGGCAGAGUCAGCUAUACCGAGGCCGUCGACGUUUGGUCCCUUGGUGUCACGGUGUACACAUUUCUCUGCCCUCUUCCACGGUUCGAAAACCAAUACAUAUCAAGCGGGACGGCAUGGGCCAAGGAGCUCAUCAAGAUGUUCAACGAGGACUUGGAGGAACGGCCCGAUGAGCUGAGAAGAUUUCUUCUGGAAGCAAUGGUGGUCUUGCGGCCGGAGCAGCGGUGGUCGGCCGGAGACUGCCUCGCAAGAGCAAUGCUUCUACCUGUUGUUCCAGCCAUGGACCAGCCCGAGACCGCAGCGGCGGUUUCGUACGUCAGCGGUGAUGAGCGGUUGACAAUUCACUACGGGGCAGAGCCAAACAUGGUCCAGGGCCGCGAGAUACCCAUGUGGCAGCCUGGCUCGUCCGAGAACUCGACCCUGUCGACCGAUGCCGGCAGAUACGACAGAUCAGGCGCGCCCACCCCUCGGGCUUCAGUUCCAGCAUCAGCGUUUAGCCGGAAGAGAGCAACGGUGCCAAGGUCUUCAUCGUCCGGAAGACACAGGAAGCGCCAGGAGCACGGCAGCAGCAGCAGCAGCAGCAGCAGCAGCAGCAAGGCCGACGCUAGCUCCCGCCAGCAGCGAGACCGCGUCCUUGACAAUCGCACACAGGAUUCGCUGCCUCCCGUUGCAUUCGAGGACAAGGACGAAGAUGAGGACGAUUGGGAGUGGGAAGAAGAUGACAAUGCCCGUGUCGAAUCGCCUCAUGCAGUCGACCAUGUUUCAACCUCGCAUGUCGGCCAGGAGGUUGAGAGUCACAUGCAGACUUUCCUCCAACAUCAGGUCGGCAACGGAGGGGCCGAUCAAGAAGCAGCCGAUGCAGCGCAGCUACGGUGA